AUGUCUUUCAUUCCAUUCAUUCCAUCAAAAAUGUCUGAUUCUUCACUUGCAGGAACAAGUGCAGCAGCGACGUCUGAUAUUUCUACAUUCGUAGCAGAAAAAGGUGAUAAUAAUAAAGCAGAAUUAUUGUCGUCAAUACUAAAGACACAAAGAUUUUUAAAAGAAUGUGGUUAUAAAAAAGCAAUUAUCGACGAAUCUAGCAUAUUAUUAGAAUUGCCAAACAAUCAUAAAUUUCAGGUACCAGUCGUUGAUAUAGAUCACAAUAAAGAUAAUAUUGAUGAUAAUGAUGGUGAAGUAACAGAAGAUGAUGUUUAUCACUACGGUUAUGAAAGUGAUAAAACAAUUGAUAUUAUUGAGGAUGAGGAGGAUAAGGAGGAUGAGGAAAUGCAAGAUCAGUUAAUCCAUGACUAUGGUGGAGAAAAGGUAGUUCCUGACGAGGAUGGUGAGAAAAUGGAUAUAGAGGAAAACGAAGAGGAUGAGAUAAUCCAUGACGAUGGCGGAGAAAAGAUGGCUCCUGACGAAAAAAUGGAUAUAGAGGAAAACGAAGAGGAUGAGAAAGGAGAGGAAGAUCAGUUAUUUCUAGGCGAGGAAAAAGGCGAGGAAGAAGAUAAGGAUGAGAAAGGAGAGGAAGAUCAGCAGUUAAUCCUGGGCGAAGAAAAAGGCGAGGAAGAAGACGAGGAUGAGAAAGAAGAGGAAGAUCAGCAGUUAAUCCUGGGCGAAGAAAAAGAUGAGGAAGAAGACGAGGAAGAGAAAGGAAAGGAAAAUCAGCAGUUAAUCCUGGGCGAAGAAAAAGACGAGGAAGAAGACGAGGAAGAGAAAGGAAAGGAAGAUCAGUUAAUCUUUGGCGAGGAAAUAGGUGAGAAAAUAGGCGAGGAAGAAGACGAGAAAGUGAAUGAGGAAGAGAACCAUAGUAUUCCGGAAUCGACAAUUAAUAUGGGACGUCAUUUACACAUCCUCCUGAAUAAUAACGAUAUUCUAAAUAAAGAAGAAUAUCGUUAUUUUCUUAUUGACCAUUUAUCCAAAAUCGCCAGUGUGGAUGAAUUUUUUUCAACUAACAUUGACAAAUUCGUGUUCAUUGAAGUUUUUUCUAAAAGAGCUUCCAUAAGCUAUAUUUUAAAUAAUGAAAAAGAAGAGACUGGCGAAGGAAGUUUGGAUCACCAAAUCAUAAGCCCGGAUGAUCCUAUAAUAAAUCGGGAUAUUAUUGCCGAAAUAAAUGAUCCUAGUUUAUUGGUCAAUUUAUCCGACUCACGAGAGUUUGAAAAUAAGAAAAAAUUGGCCUGUACGGCAAUAACAAAUAUUAUAUUAAACAUAUAUGAUCUAUCAUUAAAAGAUCAAGUAUCCACUGAAAUUCUAAGACGCCGGCAAUUUCGGCAUCUCAUUUUAUUUUUAGAAUAUUAUGAAAGGCUCGAAAUUUAUUGCAGUAUAAAUUAUGAGCGAAACAAAGGGGAAACUAUUAAAUCUCAAGUUAUUACGAUGAUCGAAAAAUCAUCAAAAUUACCAGAUCAAAUAGCACCACGGUUAAAGGCUACCACUAUAUCUACAAUUUUAAACAAGGCGGUGAGAGCUAAAAGAUUACUGGAAAUAGCAUCAGAUAAUUAUAAUAUUGUUUAUGCCUUUUCAGAUUUAGAUCCUUACCUAUUUACCGCAAAAAAAAUAGGAGUGGUAAAUUUUGAAAGGUGGCUGGAAUUAGUAAGAACGAACCAACUGGUUUCCCGUCUUGACAGGAAACGGUUAUACAAAGCCUUUAAGAAUGAAGCCAAAAGAAAAAGAAUUGAAAAGUUAAAUAAAAUUUAUAAUACAUAA